AUGGUGACAUCGCUUCGUACAACACGUCCGUCCAACAAGGUUGACAGACAACAUCAUAACGUCUCAUCACCACCAACGUUCAAUGGUACACUGUUUUUGCAAAGCAGCACAAUAUUGUCGCCGGAUUAUCCUUUGACUACGGCCAACUACACCGAAGGUGAACAACAUCGAGUCCUCUUGGCUGCCGCUCUAGUGUCGGUUAAGAACGAAUUUACUGAUCAAGCUGUCAUUCUUCGUGCUUUGGUCGACCAGGGUUCCGAAUCAGAACACGACACACAAGGUUUAGGACUUAAACGUUAUCCCACCCGCACUGAAAUAGUUGGUGUAGGGCAAAGCCCAACAGAAGGCUCCAAGUCUGUCGUUACGUUUGUUGUAAACUCGAUGUUACAUUCGGAUUUCCAAUUAGUUAUUAAGCGCGCAUAUGUUUUAAAAUCGCUAACAAGUAUUAUUCCAGGUCACUCUAUUUGUAUCCAGAAUUUGCCACAUUUAAACGGGUUACGUUUAGCUGAUCCAACUAAUUUUAAACCAGGAAAAAAUGAUUUAAUUCUUGGUGCUGAUGUAUAUGCACAGUUGAUACUAACAGGACUACGAAUUGGGGCGUCCAACCAACCAAUAGCGCAGCAAACUCAUUCAGGGUGGAUUAUUUCUGGAAAUAUUGGGCCAGUUGUGCCAAAGUUGCAAACGAUACGGUGCCAUCAUACCUCAUAUGAAUUGGAUAUGUUAGUAAAACACUAUUUUGAGCAGGAUCAGGUAACUCCCGAUCGUGAACUCUCUUCUGAAGAACAGUGGUGCGAAAAUUUCUUCAUUAAAACUCAUUCUCGAUUACAAAAUGGUUACUAUAUGGUACGUUUACCACUGAAGUCACACUUUGAUCCGACACAAACUCUCGGUCGAUAUAGGCAGAUUGCAUUAAACCGUCUUUUAAAUUUGGAGCGUAAGCUCGCACGCAAUAGUGAUUUGCAAAAACAGUGCCAUCAGGUGAUUAACGAAUAUUUCAGCUUGGGACACGCUACCCGUGCAGACUCUACUGAACAACAACGGUGCAAAUUUAAUCAAAAUCACGUACCAAUAAAUAACUCUUAUGUAUUACCUCAUCAUGCAGUUUUGAAAGAAGAAAGCCUCACAACAAAAUUGAGAUUGUUUUUGAUGCAUUAUAUAAAACAUUAA